UACUGGGAACAAGUCACUAGACCAACGAACUCAGCUGACCGUUCAGUCGACGCGGUAGGCACUCAAAACGAAGGAGGUAGGCGGUUCAUGGUCCUGAAGUUUGAUCACCCUGUCAGAAGGGGCUACCAGCCACACAAUCGGAAUUGUCAGAGGAAUUCAGAAACGACUGUUGCUUCUGUUUUAUUUAAUUGACUUUUUGAUAAUAGAAAGACGGGCGCUUGUGAUCAUAUAUGCAUCGUGAAUAGCUAAUAACGGUUAGUGUCGUGAUUUGAAAGCUUACUUUCGUCGGUAGUGGGACGUGGCUAAGAAAUGAAGGGGACGUGCGACGAAAUGGAGAAAUUUUGAAACCAAAAAGAACAGUGACAGCUUCAUUAGCAUUUUAUACUCGCUAGAAUUGGAAAGAUUUAAUAAAAUACGAACGCAUUUGUUCGAGAAGCAUUUUAGCGAAGAACUGCCACUGUUAGCAACGCCGUCUAGGCGAAUGGAUGAAGAACGCCCGUCGACUAAUAACAGUGGAACGUCAGGGAUACCGGCGGACCGCUGGCUUCAAGCGUAUCAUGACCGGUUCGCCGGCUUUAACACCAUUACGCCAAAUAUUUGCUUGGCCGAUCUGUUUGCUGACGGCGAUACGAAACUGCUCAUAGCCGAUAUGGGAGCUCAAUGGGGUAAGCAGAUGCAGCUGCGCGUAUACAAGGGUACAGCGCUAUUAUCCGAACAUACCCUGGUUGAUCUCCCCCUAGCUAUUGCCCCUUUUUAUAUGAAUCUACCUGGGCCAAAGACACCAGCCAUAGCUGUGGCGUCAGGCAGCUCGAUCUACGUGUAUAGAAAUAUGCGCCCCUUCUAUAAAUACAGUUUACCAGCGCUAAAGGUAGCUGACGCCGAAAUUGAGGCAUGGUCUACUGUUCUACAAGACGGGGCUGACCUGAACGUUUUCCGGGAUCUGCUAGUCAAUGUACUGGCUAGCGGAGAAUCGCUCUCUGCCAAAUCGGAGCACUUUUUAACUACGUCGACUAUUCAGGACGCGGAAACGUUCGUUCGACAGCAUGCGGAGUCACCGUUGCGGCGACAGACAGUGCUGACGACACUCUCGACAAUGAAAAAAUCUAUGCACGAGGAAGACGCACUUACGUGUAUCGUCCUGGGGACGGAGAAUCGUGACGUUUACAUCCUUGAGCCGGAUGCUUUUACGGUACUGACGUCAAUGACCGUACCUGCAGUGCCUGUCAUGAUGGACAUUACUGGUUUGUUUGACGUGGAUUACCGCAUUCUCGUCGCCUGUCGGGACGGCUGCAUUUAUAGUCUAAAGCGUGGACAAAAAUCAGCAAAACUGUGCCUAGAGCUGCAUAGCCAAGCUGUAGGACUGUGCGUGAGACCUUCACUUGGUUGUGUUUAUGUGGGAUGUAUGGACCAUAGUCUGAGGUGCUAUUCCACACAGGGAAAAGGACCCAAUAAGUAUGCUCAGCUAUGGAUUGUGCAGCUAAAUCACGCGAUUGUGGCAAUGCAGUCUAUUACAAUUAAGUCGUUGGGUCUUGAGCUUGUGGCUGUAUGCUGUCAAGACGCGAAUAUUUACAUGUAUAAGGAAAAGGAGGUCGUCGACGUUAUCGACACUGGCGAUCCUGUUACCGCAAUACGUUACGGCCGACUUGGACGUGAAGACAACGCUCUCGUCUACGUUACGAGGUCGGGUGCACUAACCGUGAAGAUUCUAAGACGGAAUCAGACGUUCGAAUCGCUUGGGAAAGCGGUUAACAACUCAUCGACAAAUCUCACUGCCGGAAACAAGUUUGUUAUUCCGAAGAAGACGAAGUUGUUUGUCGACCAGACUAUGCGCGAACGUGAAAAUGCUGCCACGAUGCAUCGGGUCUUCCAACAGGAUUUUCAGCGGAUGAAGCUGAUUGCCGCACGUCAGUACGCCGAAACGAUCCAGAAGGCUGGAGCCAUACAAACGAUAACGACUGGUCCAAACGGCAAAGAGCACUCCAUAGCCGAAGUGAAACUGACGGCUCGGGUUCAAGGCCUUGGACCUGAGUUCGCCCUCAUCAUAACGCUUUCCUGUGCAAAAGAUGCGUUUCCGCCACCGUGUGAUCUGCUAAUUGUGUACUCUUACGAUUCUAGCAUUUAUCGACUUGACCGACCUUAUUGUUUCCUACCCUACCUAGCUCCAGGCAUAGCUACAUCGGUCAGCGUGCGCGUAACUUGUAUUAGCGAAUUGCCUGUGAGCGACUCGAUCAAGGUCAUCGUGGUUCCAUACGACAGUACAGCUCCAUCUGUCACAGCCCUGAUUAGUAUGCCCGUCGCUCAAAACGUGUAACAAUGAUGAUUACGUUGAUGGUGAUUAUAAUUACGGUAAUUAUGAUUACGGCAAUGAAAAAGUGCUCCACAAGACCACACAUUACAUAGAAAAUCGGUACGAUUCAAGUAUACUAAAUUACCUGCUAAAUGUACUACUACGCUUUACAGUAACUUGGUGGGUAUAAUAUCCAGCUGUGUAGGGAAUAUGCUGCCAUUAGAUCUACAUUGACCUUGAGAUUCGCAUGAGACUUACGUGGAAGGAGAAUAUAAAGGGAAGACGGCAUAUGUUGAGGCAAUCGAUAUAAGUUGACUUUUAGUAA